GAAUGUUGUUAUCGUGCCUGACACUGCCUGCUUCCCUGCCUCUUCCCAAUGAGAGCCCAAUUGGGGACCUGCACUGCCAACCUCCUCCAUUACUACCAGGGCGGGAUCCAAGCAUUCCCUGGUUGCCUGGGCACACUACCACAAUCGCUUCCUCCUCACCCAUCGCACCGCAUUUGCAUUGCGUUUCGCCAUUCAGGUGGCUGGGGUCGAAGCUCGAAAACUCUCAUUCCUGCAUCCUCUAUUGCCUACUCUCACUCAAGCCACUCGUUCUGUGCUCAAUUCACCUUGCGCCGGUCAAGUCAGGUCAUUCUUGAGAGCCUUCUUGACUUAUCAGAGCCAGGAUGGACCGUUCAGGUUCACCCUCACACCCUCCCGACUACGGUCGACGUCUCUACGGCGACGAUGACCAGGACGACGUCCCCCUCGGCCAAGGAAGCACUGCUGCCGCUGUGAGACUCCUCACAUCUAUGGAGGAGCCAAUGUCAGAGGGCCGUCCUAGCCACCACGCUCGUCAAUCAUACCAGCCAUCAGUCUUUUCCACGCAUUCUCAUCGCGACUCCAUCCUCGACCCGCCCAGCAUGCCGCCGCCAGACUCAACCUAUAUCCCCUUCCGACCUUUCGACGAGGACUCACCACCACCACGGGCAUGGAGCCCCUCACGCACAUCUGACUAUGAGAGGAUGCCUCCAGCUCCUGCCCAAUACGAGCCGGCGGAUCUGAACGGCAGCCCACGGCCAGGUACCCCGUCCUCAAGGUAUGGUGGAAGCCCCAGACGGCCUCUGCCCCCAGCACCACUCUUCUCCGGCGGAAGUGCCCGAACUUCAGCUUUUGCCGACGACGCCACGGUCUCUAUCCCAUUGGAACAUGAUGGCGACGACGUCUUCGGCCCUGAGUCCUCUGAUCACAACAUGAGACGCGAGUCCUACUUGUCUCGCCAGGACACCUUGAGCGACGAGCUAGAGACCCCUUUCGAUGAGAAGGUUGACCACUAUGGGCCCGCACCACAGGGCCGACAGGAGCGACGAGGAGUGCGCGACCCCCAAAUGACCAAGAAGGAGGUCCAGCUCAUCAAUGGCGAACUGGUGUUGGAAUGCAAAAUCCCAACUAUCCUGUACAGUUUCUUGCCCCGCCGGGACGAGAUCGAGUUCACGCAUAUGCGAUACACGGCCGUGACCUGCGACCCUGACGACUUCCUAUCGAGAGGUUACAAGCUGCGCCAAAACAUUGGAAGAACCCUCCGUGAGACGGAACUGUUCAUCUGCGUGACCAUGUACAACGAGGAUGAGAUUGGGUUCACGAGGACGAUGCACGCCGUCAUGAAGAACAUCGCUCACUUCUGUAGUCGCAGCAAGUCGAGGACGUGGGGAGAGAAUGGUUGGCAAAAGAUUGUCGUGGCCAUCGUCUCGGAUGGCCGUGAGAAGAUCCACCCAAGAACACUGGACGCCUUGGCCGCCAUGGGCGUUUAUCAGCACGGAAUCGCCAAGAACUUCGUCAACCAAAAGGCCGUGCAAGCACACGUGUACGAAUACACAACUCAGGUCUCCCUCGACUCUGACCUGAAGUUCAAGGGCGCAGAGAAGGGCAUUGUCCCGUGCCAGAUGAUCUUCUGCCUCAAGGAGAAGAACGCAAAGAAGCUGAACUCGCAUCGUUGGUGCUUCAACGCUUUUGGUAAAGCACUGAACCCCAACGUCUGCAUCCUCCUCGAUGUCGGAACAAAGCCUGGUAGCAACUCGCUGUACCACCUCUGGAAGGCCUUCGAUACCGACUCCAACGUUGCUGGGGCUUGUGGAGAGAUUAAGGCAAUGAAAGGCAAGUACGGGGUUAAUCUCUUGAAUCCACUCGUCGCGUCGCAGAACUUUGAGUACAAGAUGUCCAAUAUCUUGGACAAGCCUUUGGAGAGUGUUUUUGGCUACAUUACAGUGUUGCCCGGCGCCUUGAGCGCGUAUCGGUACCAUGCGCUCCAGAACGAUGAGACUGGCCACGGGCCUCUGAGCCAAUAUUUCAAGGGCGAAGUCUUGCACGGCCAGCACGCCGAUGUUUUCACUGCCAACAUGUAUUUGGCUGAAGAUCGUAUUUUGUGCUGGGAAUUGGUGGCCAAACGCGGAGAGAGAUGGGUCUUGAAAUACGUCAAGAACUGUACGGGCGAGACUGACGUGCCUGACUCGUUACCGGAGUUCAUCUCCCAGCGCCGAAGAUGGUUGAACGGCGCUUUCUUCGCAGCCGUGUACUCCCUUAUCCAUUUCAAGCAGCUUCUUGCGACAGACCACACCGUUCCGCGCAAGGCACUACUGCUCAUCGAGUCGUUUUAUCAGUUCAUCCAGCUCCUCUUCACAUACUUCUCACUCGCCAACUUCUACUUAACAUUCUACUUCGUCGCGGGCGGUAUCGGCGACGAGAAGGUCGACCCAUUCCCGCACAACCUCGGAAAGUACAUUUUCGCCAUCCUGCGCUACGCCUGCGUCCUCCUCAUCGCUGCUCAGUUCAUCCUGUCGCUCGGCAACCGGCCCCAGGGAGCCAAGAAACUGUAUCUGGCCUCCGUCAUCAUCUUCAGCAUCAUCAUGGUCUAUACACUGUUCGCCUCCAUUUACAUCGUCGUGUAUCAGAUCACGCAGGGCAGCGGGUUUGACAUGCAUAGUACCAUCAUGACCAACAUGAUCCUCUCGGUUCUGUCAACGAUCGGCCUGUACUUCGUCAUGUCUUUUAUCUACCUCGAGCCAUGGCACAUGUUCACUUCUUUCGUGCAAUACUUCGUCCUGCUACCAUCGUACAUCUGCACUCUGCAGGUGUAUGCAUUCUGCAACACCCACGACGUGACAUGGGGGACCAAGGGAGACAACGUCAUGAAGACAGACCUUGGAGGCGCCAUUGGCAAAGGCUCAACGGUCGAGCUGGAGAUGCCCUCAGAGCAGCUGGACAUUGACUCCGGGUACGAUGAGGCGCUGCGGAACCUGCGCGACCGCAUCGAGGUGCCCGAGGCCCCCACCAGCGAAUCGCAGAUGCAGGAGGACUACUACAAAUCGGUUCGGACGUACAUGGUCAGCUCGUGGAUGAUCGCCAACGCCGUGCUCGCCAUGGCGGUCAGCGAGGCCUAUGGUCAGAAGCAGGUCGGCGAGAACUGGUACCUCGCGUUCCUCCUGUGGAGUGUCGCCGCGCUGGCGGCCUUCCGUGCUCUUGGCUCCGGCACAUUUGCGUUCAUCAACCUCGUCAACACCAUCGUGGAGGGCCGCGUCAAGAUGAGCCUCAAGGUUCCGAAGUGGCUGGGCGGUGUGGGCAGCAAGAUCUCAGACAAGCUGAGCAGCGUUGGGAGCAGCGUGAGGAGGUGAAAACAGCAAAAAGGAUACCUGACCACACGUGGUCGAAGUGUGUUUCUCUCAUAUUCAUGUCUACUGGAAAGGAGUUCCUUUGAAUGGGUUUCUUGUUGUUAUUUUUGUACCGCAAGCAGGUUGGCGUUUCCCUCAUGAGGCAUUUGGAUCACGACGGUUGACCAAGGGAAAGAGAUGACUGGAUGAACGGUGACUCUGGCAUGGGUCGGAUGGAACAUGAUGGUCAACCAGGGCUUGUGGCUGGGAAUAGGGGCUGGGAAUAGGGAAUACCCGUAGGAGGUUAUGUACAUUAUACGAAGUGUUGAUGCUCCACUAUAAUCACAUAGAGGAGGGACGAAGAAAUGUUUUGUCUCAAGGUUAGAUAAAAACAAUGCAUCAUUAUAAUAAUCAGCCUGAAUUGUCUGUGAUCUUGUCAACCUUUUUCAACUGACGAGUGGUGUCAGAGACAAUACAGUGGAAAGUAAGAUGGUUGUGUAUUGUAUGCAGCACCUAAAGCCUGGAGAUGUCGAAAUCCUUGUGUCCCCACUUCUCGGUAAACUUGACUUUGGCCUGCUUCCGGUACGGAAUCUUUCUCCUCGCCUCCAGACGCCCUCUGACUAACAGGCUCCGGUACCGAUCCUUGAGCAGGUUGCCCUCGGGUUUCAGCAGUCUGAGCGAAUCCUGCAGCUCGUCCGGAAGCACCAGCUCGAGGUCCUUCUCGGGCAGCUUCAGCUUGCCCAGCUGUCUCCUCCGGAGCUCGAUGUCAUCGCCCUCGCUUUCGUCCUCGCUCAUCUCGAUCUUGGACAGGGCCAGCUGCCGCUGCUUCUCCUCGACAGCCUCGGCGAUCUCCUUUAUGUGCUUGGCCUGCUCCUCCUUCCUCUUCGCCGCCGCCUGGUGCUUCCUGAGCCCUUCUUCCAGCUUUCUUCUCUUGGCCUUAUUGCGCUGGGCUGGGGUCUUGCGCUUUGGACGCUUCGUGAUCACACCCUCGGCGUCGCUCUCAAUGCCCUCCCAGGCAGAGUCUUCAUCCCACUCUGAGAGCUCUGCGCGCGCCUCCGCCGCCUCGGCCUCGGCUGCGGACCGGGCUGCGGCUUCCUGUCGCCGGCGGUCUGCCUCGAUCUCAUCCAGACGCUUGCGCUCGGCCUCGACAGCCUUCUCGCCUUCACGCUCUAGCCGUUCGACGUAGUCCGUGACGACGGGGUUGUAGCUGAACCCGCCGGUCGGCUUGGCCACGGCGGGCACGUUCUUGCCGCUCGCGGAGAGUGAUAUGGGCUUCUUCGCCAGCGUCGAGGGGGGCUUGGCCCUUGUCGGUUCUGGAAUCCACUCGUUCUUCUCCUGCUUGGCAGCAGGGCCCGCGGCAGCGGCCGUGUCCAUGGCCCAAGGGUCGUAGGCGGCGUCUACCACGUCUACUGCCGAUUCGUGGUGCCCAUCGGCCACCUUCUUGAUGCGGGUCAGCUCCUUGUGAGUGACGUAGUUUGUGCGCUGGCGCUUGACAGGUAAUAUUCCAUCGGUGGUCUUAUCGGCAGGUCUCUUCUUGCUGGGUACGGCCGGGACUGCGGACCGCGCGGCGAUGAUCUCGUCGGCCUUGAGGCCCUUGACCUUGGGAACCCUCUUGGUGUUGUUGGCAUCACCGCCGGUGUCGAGGACGAAGAGGUCGGCCGAGUCCUUCUCUGCGAUAACACCACCUUGGAUGAUCUCGUCGUUCAGAUCCUCGAGACCCUUCUUCACCUCGGUCACGUCGACGUUCUUCCUCCAUGCCUUCUUGCCCUUUCUCGAGGGUUGCGUGUGCUGUUGAGGCGCAUCAGGGUUUCCCGUGCGACCCCUAAGGACAGCCAUCUUUGUAGUUGGACGUUGGAGGGCAGGCCGGGGCUGGUUUUGUCCUGUGCAGGUGUGAGAGGGCGAGAUCUGGACUGGGGCGGUUGAUGCAACAGUGCUGAGUUGUAGGCCAGAGGAACAAAUUGAUUGCUGGGCUGGCGGGCUGAGAGGAGGGACACCCUGGACCC